AUGAUAGACACAACAUGUGAAUGCAAGGGAGCAUCAACAACAGCUGCAAAUGCAGCAAUUGCAACUUAUGCAGCAACGCAAUACUCAGUUGCAAAAAAGGAUCCUAAUCAUCCUUCACUUGGUGGUCCUAUGAAUGCUAUGAACUCUGAAGGAAUGAUGGGGCAGCCAUCAGCCAGUGUAUUGGCCAUGAAAAUGUACGAGGAGCAUAUGAAACAUCCUCAUUCAAUGGAUUCAGAGACAUCUCCAGUUCUAAUGGAUGCCAAUAGGAUGGCCCUUAUCAAGUCAGCAACUAAUCAUCAAGGGUAA